AUGCAAAAAAAGCAUAAAAAGGUUCACAAAAUGUUUGUUCGAAGAAGAAAGGAAGGGUGCUUUAGUACGUUAAUAAUGAGACAUUUAAUUGAUGACGAAACUAAAUUCAAAGAAUACUUUAGGGUUACCAAAAGUCAAUUUAAUGAAUUGGUUAAUAUUGUAUCCAUUGAUAUAAAAAAAAAAUUUUUGUGUUCAUUUUGCAUCAAUAGCAGGCGACUAAAUAAACGUGCGCGUUUAAAUUGCCUGACGACCAAUUUUGCCGUAAAACGCGUCGUCUUGUGGCGAUUUGUAUUGACUUGUCAGACCAUCAUUAUAUCACUAUUUAACCUAUCGGCACGAUUAAACGCCGCGUCUAAACGUCUCGACUAUUCGCCCAAAAGAGACCUUACCUUAUUCGUCAGUCGGAGAAUCCCGAAUUUGACUUCAAUUACAUAA